UUAAAGGGACAGAGUCUGGCCCUGCUGCCGCACUAGGAGAGGACCACCCCCUGGGCACCAGCUAAUCAGACUCAUCAUCCGGACAGGGACAACUCUCUCCUGUGUGGAACAUUCCCUUCAGCGGCAGCGGACCGACCAGACCGACCAUGAACAGAGCAGCCGCGGGGCUGUGCGUGCUGGGCCUGCUGUGUCUUCACGGUGGGGGGGUGCUGGGACAGGACCUGGAGGCGGAGCCGGAGGCGCUGGUGUUCUGUGACGACACGCUGGUCAGCAAGGUGGCCAAGGCGGCCGUCACCUCCUUCAAUGAGAAGAUCUCCACCGGCAACAUGGUGGCUCUCUACCAGAUACUGUCGGCCAGCAAGGCAGAGAACGCCUCCGGGGUUAUGUACUCAAUUAAGUUCAACAGCAGGAGUAGCGACUGUCCAGCAGGGGGCGCCGUGACUUGGACUGACUGUGGCUACUUGGCUGAUGAUUCAAAGGAGCCAAUCAUGUGCAAUGCCACGGUGUAUGUGAGCGAGGGGGCCACCAGCACACAGGUGGUGGAGUGUGAUCUAGAAGGCCCGGUGAAGAAGGACCGCAGGAUCUGUAUGGGCUGCCCCGUGGAGCUGGACCUGGAGUCUGAAGAACUCAAGGUCCCGGUCGCUGUCUCCAUCUCCAAGUACAACCCCGACAACAACCACACCCACCUGUUCAUGCUGAACUCCGUCGGAUACGCUACAAGACAGGUGGUGGCUGGCUUAAGGUACAGUCUGUACUUCGACAUGAGAAAGAGCAACUGCUCUAAGGCCGAUAACCCCAACCUUCACUCAGGCUGCGUCCAUGAUUCAAACGAUGUGUUGCUGGCUAACUGUAACUCUACAGUGGACAUAGCAGAAUGGAGACAUGAGGUUCCACAAGCUAACCUGGAAUGUGAUGAAGGCGCGAUGGAUUCGAAGAAUAUUUUCAACAGGCGUCGCCCCCCCGGCUGGUCCCCUCUCAGGAGUGAUACCUUGGCUCCCAAGACAGAGACCCCCUUCAUCUCCCUGGAUCCCACCGCACUACCCCCGGCCGUCCCCUCCAACAGGGCCCCCCCCCCGGGCAAGGAGGACUCCUCCGAGGAGGAGGUCAGCCAGGACGACCCCUUCCACUGCCCCUCCAAGCCCUGGAAGAAGUUCAGCCCCCCUGCCCCCCCGUCCCGAGCCGACGCCCCCCUCACUGACCUGGACCUGUUGGGAUAGAGCGCUGCUUGGGGGAGGGGGGGGUCUGCGUUCUCUAAGUAUUUCUUUGCCGUGUGCAGGGGGGCCGCACCACUUCUGAUAGGUCCACCUAAAGCUUUUUUUAUUCUGCAUUUGUCUUAAGAUACAGGCUAGUUCUCCCUAUUCCCUUCCGUCAACACAACCUCUGGAUAGCAAGAACUCAGAUUGUAUGACUCAGAUUGUUACAUUUCGAUGUUAUAAAACCAGUGUAGGGAUAAAAUAACAGCACUGGCCACACUGUUCUUCUCUGUGAUCAUUAAACUGAUAUUAACGAUGAAAGGCUAUAAAUGGCUGAAAUAAAAAGGCAUACUGCAUUUAA